AUGUGGAAAGCGGCAGCCAUUGGGAGUCUGGGCGGCCGGCAGAAGCUCCCUGUGGCUGCCCGCACCAAGGCACAGGCCACCUGUGGCCCUGACCUGCGCAUCUUUCUGGGCACCAGUCUCAUCCACACUGGAACCUUCUACGUCGCCAGACAGGCUCCUCCUCCCCAACGCCUGGGCCCUUAUCAGGAGCACAUUUGGGUUGGUGGGGAGGGGGAAGUCUGAGGCCCCAGGCUCGGCAAGGUGGGUAGGAGAGAUAGGGAAGUGGGGAGGGGGCCAUGGGGCCCUGCUGGGAGGGCCCGAGGAUAGAAGGGAUGCCCAGAACUGGUGCUGUCCUUGCCGGCCUGGCUCUUGACAUGGUUCCAGAGCUGCUCCUGCCUUCCCCCCUUGCCAGGCAAGCCGCCCGCACCUUUAAUUAGCAAGCAGCAGCCUCUCCCCGAUUCAUCACAGUCACUGUUUAAUUAGCCGCGCACAAGGCGCCCCUACCCCCAGCUCUGGGUGGAGCAGCCUGCCUCUCUCACGGAGGCUGCCACCACCUCAUGGUGUCCCCUGUCACACGCCCCCCCCCCAUACUUAUGCUGCUCCCCAGAAGGGGGGAUGGGGCGGGCACGCCUGGCUGAAACCUCAAGGAGAUUCUGGGCACUGACGCUUGUAUUCAAAGCAUCCAGCAAACAUUAUUAGGGCUUGGAGUCUGCGCCAGGCUGGCGCUGGGCGGAACCCAGGCUGGAUGGUGGCGGCCGGCCUUGGUCCCGUCCAAGGGCUCCAGAGUGGCUUUUCCCUUUGGGAGGCGCCCAGACCCCUCUCCGGCUGGUCCCAGGGUGUUGGGAAAAGCCCAAUAACCUUCCCUGUUGCUCCACUCCUCCCCACACCCCCAUCCAGGCAGGGAUGACCAUUUCUUCCUUUCCCUCCCUGCCCCAGAGCCCAGCUAGCCCCCUGAGAAGGCGGCCUCCUCUAGGAUGGAGAGGGCCCGUCCUCCGCCCCCGCCUCUCCAGGGGUCAGAUCCUAGAGGCCGUGGCUAAGGCUAU